AUGCAGUUCCUCAGGCUGUUCACGAGGCUCCUCUCCCUGGUCUUCGUGCUGCUGACCGUAGCGGCAGGUGUGCUGGUGCCCACGAUGACCAUCGCUGGCGGGUUCCUCCUGGCGCGGGCGCCCUCGAAUAUGGACCCCUGGCGCUGGAGUCCCACUUUCCCCGUGGGCCGCACGGCAGUGGUCAAUGACGGCAAGGCGAGCCGACAGGUCCACACUGCCGGUGCAUCCAGCUUGCUCACGGGCCAAUCUCGCUUCGUGGUGGACGGCGUAACCCGACGGCGUGGGGCACGGUUGUCUUCGCGUGCGCUUGCGCGUGGCCUUUGA